GGGAGGACUUAAAGGGCUUGGCCGAAGCAGACGGAGUGGGGGUGCGAUCCUAGCCGUAGAGUCAACUCUUCAAAAAAAAAGAAGAGAAAGAACUGUCGACUCCCCCUCCGGGCUUCCCGGCCAGUGAAUGAAACCAAAGCGCCUUGCGCAGGAAUUGGAGCGGAGCCUUUGGCUCAUUGCAGGCUUGCCAAGAGUUUUUCCACGCUUUCAGUAGUGUGCAUUCAUUAAUCUGGAAGGGUCGCCCACUGCUCUGCUGCCAGGAUUAGGCCCUCUACCACUGCCACAUUGCAAAAUCCAGAUCGCCACUGUUGCACCACUCGGGGCAAUUGUGUGCGGGGGUGACUAAUCUGCGUCUAGUUUCUAUCCUCUGCAAACAGUAAAGCUUCUCGGAAGGUGCCCCUCCUAUCGCUUGGGCAAAAAACCUCUCGAUGACCUUCCUCGAUCCUGGUGUUGCAAAGCAGCUAAGGGAAGGGAAGUGAGUGACCGUUGAGCUCAAGGAACUGGUAGACAGCGUCUUUUCUGCACUUCCUUUUUUACUGGAUUCAUCCUUGGCUUUAAGCGCCACACGGACUGCCAGGCUGUGGGAUUUGCAUGGAAGGGGGAUGGGGAGGUAGUCCUAAUUUGAAUUCAGUAGGACCUACUUCUGAGUAGACAAAUAAUGGAGAAAGAUUUAACUUGGCCGUAAAUGGCUUGAGAACAUUCUUGUAUGACAGACACAUUUACCUAGCGCAGAGUAAGGUUCUCAUGGAAAAAAUGCUUGGCAGAAUUUCAAGUAAAUAAAGGCUGGCUUGUUCCACGAUGAAAACGGAAUAAUAGACAGACCUUCACCCUGAUGCUUAGGGAAGUUUUUAAUGUUUGAUAUAUUAUUGUGCUUUUAAUAUAUUGUUGGGGGCUGCUCAGAGUGGCAGGGGCAACCCAGUCAGAGGGGCGGCAUAUACCUAAUAAAAUCAUUAUUUAUUAUACAAUUUUAUUAGCUGUGUAUAAAGCAAACCUUGGCUUCACGAGCAGUAAGAAGUCCCGAUUCUGAAUAUUGCACCAGUUUAAUAGAUGUUCCUUUGUAGAAGCCAGAGUUUAAAUCCAAUACUGUAAAUGUUUUAAAUAUAUAUCCACAUACUUUUCUCUAUCCCCCAACCCUCAGUGCACACAUUAUAUAACGGUCCUUUCUAGCGGUGUAGAUAUCCCAAACCUGGAAAUGCGGCUCUUGAUCUUCUAAUUAAAAUAUUCCCAGGCACUGGAGCAUCGUGGCUUUUGUGUAUGUAUGCCUAACCCCAUACAAAAAAACUUUUUUGCCUGCAAUGCCGGAGAAAGUCCUGCAGGUGGCAGGGCAGCUUGUCCGCUCCGCCGCUGCUUAGUCAGAAGCGGCUGGUACGUGUGAUUCAGGCAGGAUGACUGGCUGUUUGUGGGAAUGCGAAACUACCUCAAAGGCUCGGGAGAGGGAAUGACGAGGCAGUUCUCGACCCGCAAGUGGGGCGGCGGCGCGCAGGGCCACCCGAGGGGGAGCUGCGUUCCUCCUGACGUCUCUCUCUCGAGCAACUCUCCCUUCUGGGGAGGAGCCGCUGCAAGGGCAGUUUCGCAUUCUCACAUGCUCUUCUUACCCAUUCGGUUCCGAGCCGCACACGGAAUCUGGGCAACUUCCAAUGACUUGGCGUGCCGGGAGGGGGAGAGAUCACCCUGCGUUUCCGUGAGGGAGAGUCUUUGUGCGCCUGUGUGACUCGGAAGGAGACCCUACAAAGCGAUGGAGACCGAACUGGGACCUCCCUGCGCAGUUCAGCCGGCCUGCUGCCAGGAGGUGCCGGGCUCCGCUCCUUCGGAGGCCUUUGCUCCGCCGGCGAGGAUCUCUGGAAAGAUGCCGCCGGUCAGGCCUUGCUUCAAGAAGAAGCAAGUGCAGAAGCUGCUGGGCCCAGGGACGCUGAGGGCUCUGCGGCCCAUCUUCACCACCUUGCUGGGGUCUGGCGCCCUGGAUGCCUUCUUCCUGCGCAGAGGGCAGAACGGCAACCGUAGCAACUUGUGCGAACCUGUCGCGAAGAAGGUCUUGGGGAUCGCGGCUCCCUGCGCUCAGCCGGACAGCAGCAUGGCGGUGCUGGUGGCAGGGACUUCGGACGUUCAAGGACAAAUAUCAGACGGGUCUCCUGACCAGGAGGCCCAGCCCGGGGAGCAGGGUUUCCCCUCCGUUACCUCUCCUGCAAGCGAGCCAUUCCAGGACCACUCCUUGCAUGCUGCCUCCAGCGAUGCUGCUGCCUUUCUUUCCUGCCCUGACAAGAUACUUGAAGGUUAUCCUGGGGUGCUCCAGGACAACAGCAACAACAGCAACGGCUUCAUGGUCCAGUGCCGCUUGAACCCGGCGGAGAAGUUUGGAGCUGGGCUUUUCCAGGACAAAAGCGAGGAGGCGUCCCUCGACCUUGUGUUUGAACUCUUGAACCAGCUGCAAUAUCACACCCACCAGAAGGACGGGGUGGACAUCUGCGUGGAUUUUCUACAGGGGGUCUGCCUCCUCGGCAGCGAUUGUCCCAGGCACCACACGGUCUUGCCCUACCACUGGCAGGUCAGGAGGACAGCCACACAGGUGUGGCAGAGUGUGACCACUGACUCUCAGGAGCAAAUGGAAAGGCUCUACUGCAACCCGGACAACGACAAAGUCAAAAUGAGAUACCGGGGCCAUGAGUUUUUAGUCGACUUGAAUGGUUUGGCGCUCUAUGACACGACUGAAUUUGACCAGCUGAGGAGGCUGUCUACGCCUGUGUGUACAAGUUCCAGCUCCAACUACUACACCAUCUGGAAGUAUUUCUGCAGGGAUCAUUUUGGCUGGAGAGAAUAUUCAGAGCCUGUCGUGCGAUUGAUAGAAGAAGCCAACUACCGAGGGCUGGCAGAGGUCCGGUUUGUUACAUGGCACAACCGUUACGUCCUGAACAUUAAAGAUGGCUUCCAGCAGAAUUCGUGCAUUCGGAGAGAAAUCAAGAAGAGACCUUUUUUCCGCUCCUGUGUGAUCCUCAUGCCAUACUUGCAGACUCUCGGUGGCAGUCCCACAGUACCCGUGGUGCCGACAGCCGACUCGCAAGUCUUAUCCCCGACUGCCGUUCCUUCUCCAAACUUCUACCCUGAAACGUGGGUCAGCAUGGAUCCAGCUCAGGACUUCGUCCAAGUGCCUGUGUCAAAGGAAGACAAAAGCUACAGAACCAUUUACAAUCUCUUUCAUAAGACUGUGCCAGAGACCAAAUACAAAAUUUUGAAAAUACUGCGAGUUCAGAACCAGUUUUUGUGGGAGAAGUAUAAGAGGAAAAAGGAGUACAUGUCUAAAAAGAUGACAGGACUGGACAGGAUUAUGAACGAAAGACAUUUGUUCCACGGCACCUCGCAGGAUGUGGUCGACGGAAUCUGCAAGCAUAAUUUUGACCCCCGGGUCUGUGGGAAGCAUGCCACCAUGUUUGGGCAAGGCAGCUACUUUGCCCGGAAAGCCAGCUACUCGCACAACUUCUCCAAGCGCUCUCCCAAAGGGAUCCACUAUAUGUUCCUGGCUAAAGUACUGACAGGGAGGUACACGGUCGGCAACCACACCAUGCGAAGGCCUCCGCCCAUGAACCCCACCAGCAUCACCAGCGACCUGUACGACUCCUGCGUGGACAACUACUUCGAGCCUCAGAUCUUCGUCAUUUUCAACGAUGACCAGAGCUAUCCCUAUUUCGUAAUCCAGUAUGAAGAAGUUAGUAACGUCGUCGUGAUCUGAGAACAAAAUGGGGAUGUGUGAGAGAGAAUUGCUUCAUGUUGAUUUGUUGUUGUAACAACCUUUUUUUAACCUGAUAUUUGUAGAAUUGGAUCCCUUUUGCUGCGGAGGGGGGGGAAAAGAAACAAUUGCGGAACUCUGAAUAAAGAUGCUAAGGGGUUAGGGAGGGAGGGGGGCAGGGGGAAAAAGACAUUUUUAAAACUCCUGAAAAAGACCAAUUGUGUACUUGCUAUAUUCUGUGCAAACUGUAAAUAUUUUUCCAUUGUUUAUAGUCGAGGGGAGAAAAGAAAAACCUGUGCCUUUUGUUAUAAACACUAUUUAUGUUAGUAAACUUAAUGUUUUAAAAAAAGAACCUUAACAUGUGCGUCUCAAAUGCUUAUUUGUAGUCCGGCUUGCCUGGUUAAGCUUUGCGCCAUUCUCAGGCUGCCAACGUUUGCUCCCGCAGCUCGAUCUGCAGAUACUUUGCUCCAUGUUGCAGAAUGUUCCGCCUGCUGAUUUGUGCAAAUUAAGCUGCUGUUCAAGGCACAGGGACAGCCUAGCUUAGCUUUCCUUCUUACUGGGCAGCUGACAUUCCAUGCAAGCCCAAAGAGCAGAAUUCUCACCUUUAAAAACAAAACAAAAUGCGCAGAGGCGUUUUCUUGGUUCAGAUGCUGCUGCAAAACAGCCUCUCCUAGCAAUCCAAGCUCAGAUGUCGGUGUUAAACCUCUCGCUUAUAAAGCAUUGCUGCUUCUGUCUUCUGCUGCCUCCCAGCACAAAGAUUUCUCAAACUUGAAUUUAGGUUUGGCUGCAACUGUUGUGGUCACAGCAGUGAAAUCCCAUACAAGUCUCUGCAGGUAGCAUCUGGGGAACCCAUCUCCCCCUGGAGCAAGGGUGAGGAAACACUUUGCCUGCAAGGCCACUUUCCCCCCCAAAACCAUGCUCACACACCCCCUAGCAACGUCAGCAGCAGCGUUCAGGCCUGCUGGGGGCUGCUUUGUGCACUCAUGUUCCUUGCAGGGAAUGUGUUGGUGAAGCAGAACUUGAUCCCGUGCAUCAACCUUUGACAGGCGGGCCAGCACUGAAGGCGAUCUCGAAGUUGCAUGAAUGGGUGAGAGCUUGAUUUUGGCCCCUUUAACCAGGACCUGUUAAAGCUGCUGAAUUGCCAGCAUGUAAAAAAUGUGCACUAGGCUGGAAAAGUCCAGUUUCAGGGUUGGAGGGAAGCCUGCAUGUGGGCAGCUGAUGAGAAUGAGAAGUGAGUCCAGAAAUGAGGAAGUCGUCUCAUAGCCCACUAGCAUGAGGUUGGCAUCUUGUUCAUCGCCUGAGAGCAGCAUAGAGAAGUGGGUGCCUGUUGGCUGUGAAAAAAUAGGUGGAAGCGGUGCCCUCGUCAAGUUCAUCGGAGACCCUGUGUGGUCUGCACUCGCUGUUUUUCGAAGGUUCUGCACCAUUUUCCAGGAUCAACAGUUUGCAUGCAACUCCCAUCCUAGAUAAUGAAGAGCUCAUUUUGGUUUUUGACUGUUGGGUAACUUAGGAACAAUAUGCAUUGCUCAUAGCAUGCAGAGAAAUUUGUUACUAGCUGUGUGAAACGGGAGUGCAAAUGAAAUAUGGCCUAUGCCACUGAUAAUCUAUAUCAGGCAUCCCCAAACUUCGGCCCUUCAGAUGUUUUGGACUACAAUUCCCAUCAUCCCCGAA